UCAUGUAUCGCUGGAGUAUAUAAGACAAGGGCCUUGUGCCGUUGUUUUGUCCCUCAUCACUUCAACACUUUCCUCUACACUAACCUAUUCGUACUCACUCGCCAACGACAAACAACAAUACCUCUCCUAACAAGAUGACUUCCUCUCAUAACCCAGCCGUCUUCACCGCCGAUGCCGUCCUCUUUGACAUGGAUGGCACUUUGACCGAUUCGAUUGCCGCCGUUGAGGCAGCCUGGGGCAAAGUCGCGACAGAUCUUGGACUAGACCCAGCAUACGUUAUUGCCGCGACGCACGGCAAGCGUGCAAUCGACAACCUCGCGCACUUCCGUCCAGAAAUCAAGGAACAUGAGAUGGAUGCCGAGGUCGCAAAGUUCGAACGGACGAUCCUUGACUUUGCGGAUGCGUAUACCAAGUCUAAGGAGGCUUCCCGUCGUGAAAGCCCUGCUUCCUCAGGGACUGGAUCGAGUUCAAACUCAGGAACGAGCACGCCUGCUCUGUCAGCCUCCAGCUCCUCGUCCCAAUCUCAUGGCUCUUCGGCAUACUCGUCUCGCACUGGGUCGCUUAGCACCCCGAACCGCCCUUCAUUUGGACGUGAUGCUGCGCGUCGUCCAUCCUUCGCGACGCGUCUGAACAACUUGCUCGCUAUGUCGACACUCACAGAAGGCGAGGACACCUCUGUCUUUGAGGACGAGCAACGACAGGCCCUUGCAAAGGAAACGGCGCAAAAGGACACUAUUCACGAUGUCGAAGUUGCUUGGGAAAUCGAAGCCGAUGGUGUCGACCGCUCUAUUCACAUCCUUCCAGGUGUUCGUGAGAUGAUCGGCUCUCUCCCCGAUGGCCGGUAUGCUGUUGCUACCUCGGGUGCGAAGACAUACGCGUAUGGCGCUAUGACUCGUGUCGGAAUCACCCCUCCUCCUGUGACCAUCACUGCCGAUGACAAGCGUCUCAAAGCAGGCAAGCCCGCACCUGACCCGUUCUUACUUGCCGCGAAAUGUCUUGGCUUCCCCGCGAACAAAUGUGUCGUCUUUGAGGACUCGCCGUCUGGUAUCCGCGCAGGUGUUGCAAGUGGUGCAACCGUUAUCGCUGUUUGCACGAGCCAUGAGCGCUCGAAGAUCGAGAACUGUGGUGCGCACUUCAUCGUCGAGGACAUGAGGAGCGUGCGAUGCACUCCAGUUCACGAGAACGGUUCGACGAAACUUCGUUUCCAGGUUGGUGUUUCGUCUUGAUUGAGAACGAGCAUGGUACGUUAUGUAGUAGCUCUGAGCGAGUGGAAGUGAUUAGUUUCCUUUCUGUCCAUAUAUCCUGUACUCUCACUAAAUCAUGUACUUCAACCGCUUCGUGGUUGUUCUUUCUUUUGUUGUCCGCCUUGCAUGUACUGUACACAUAGAUCUUGUAGAAGCCCUAGAUGCAUCCUCGUAUGCACACAAAAAAAUUUGCGGAUAAUUUGUUAUACCCC